UCAGUCAACUUGAUACAGACUCUGAGGGCGAUCGUCGAAGGACGCCUCGAUGGACGUUCUUCGACACCGAGCAUGGACAUCAGAGACAGCAGCGAUGAGGAGGACGAGAGAACGCGUGAUUUCCCGGCGUUCGGUAAAUUCGACGAGGCCAUUGUGGUACGCAACGCCGAAGAAAUUAAGAGCCCCGUAAGCCACAGACCCGUGCAUUCCAGGAAAAACGGGAAAAACGAUGCUAGCUCGAGCAAGUUGGAGGACAACUCGCCGUAUAGCAGGAAACAUGAAUUUAAAAGAUACUCGAACAGCGAGGUUGGCUUCGAGAAGUCGCUGGAAAUCGGCAGCGAUCCUUCAGACAGUGAAGAGAGUGAUGAUGAUGAUAUAGAGAGUACCAAUGCGGCAAAAUCGAUUGAUCUGUACGAUCCCAAGGAAUUCGAGAAUCUGGAAGCAUCGACAGAGGUCAAAGAACUAUUUCAAAAUAUAAUAAGGUACACGCCGCAGAGAAUCGAGCUGAACUACAAAUUGAUACCGUUCAUUCCCGAUUACAUACCGGCGGUCGGUGAUAUAGAUGCCUUCAUAAAAGUGCCGCGGCCGGAUGGCAUCGAGGAUAAGAUCGGUCUGACGGUAUUGGACGAACCCUGUACCGAGCAAUCCGAUCCCGCGGUGUUACAUCUGCAGCUUCGUAGUCAUUCGAAAAGCGCCGGAGCAGCCGCCAGACAGGCGGUGGUCAAAAGAAUCGAGGACGCCGAGAGAAACGUUAAGUCGAUCGACAAGUGGAUCGAUGACAUGAAUCAACUGCACAGGAGCAAACAUCUACCGGCCGUCCAUCUGAACCGAGCGAUGCCAGAUAUCGAUAAUUUGAUGCAGCAGUGGCCACCGCAGGUCGAGGACAAGCUAAACGAAUUGCAGUUGGAUCUAUCGAAGCUUGAUUGCGAUCUGCCACAUCUGAUCGACGUGGUCUGCAAUCUUUUAGAUAUUCCCACGCGAGAGGACGCUAGAUUAGAAGCCCUACAUAUUCUGUUUACAUUGUUCUUGGAAGUUAGAAAUGUCGAGAGCCGAAACUUUAGUUAAUGUUAAAAUCAGGGAGAGAGACUGCUUCUGUCAUGUAUGUACAUCUAUACAUUGUUAGAACAAUAUUUUAAGGGGAUUCUAAGCUAACCUAAGUUUCAGUCCUGUUUUAUCGACAACAUGAGAUUAGAUUCAGCUAUAAAUCUAUUUA